UCUCUAUAUUUUUUUCUCUCUUGUUUAUUUUGUUGAGCUGUUCUUCAGAAUGUCCUUUGUGUCCUUGUUUUAAUUGUAGUGAGGCUUCUUGUCGACAUCAAGGAUUAUGUAUUUCUUCUAAAGCCGAGUGUAUGUGUGGCCCAAUGUUUAGUGGUUUUGAUUGCAGCCUACCACAAUGUGUACACGGAUAUCUAGACUCUCGCACUUUGAACUGUUCGUGUGACUCGGGUUGGAAGGGUCAUUGGUGUGAGAUAUGUGCCUCGGCUGAUUCCUGUUUAAAGUCGAGUUCACUUAGUCAGUGUGACCAUAGUGUAUUCCCUUUUAAGUUAAAACGAUACUCUUGUACUUCGAGCGAUCAAGGGAUCGUUUCCCUCCUAAAAGGACAAAGAGGAUUGGUCACUUUGAGUAUCGAAACUUUGCCUAAUUCCUCGAUGCAUGGCAACUUUCAAUUUUUUGCUGCGGAAGACAAUGUUAAACUCCUACCUCGAGAGGAUCUCUUCUCCUGUAGCUUCACAGACUGCACUGAUGAGUCGACGAGACGCACUUUCAAGGUCGACUGCGAGAAUUUAACAUGUAACAAGGAGUGCAUAUCGGGUCGGGGGAAGUGCACUACCAUUUUCGAAUCCAUAAUUAAAAGCAUUGAAGGAAAAGUAUCACUCUCCUGCAGCGAGGAGGACCAUUUAUGCUUAGUUAGUGCGCCCGUAUUAAAUGUAUUAAGCUCUGGAGGUCUUCGCUUGAGCUGCACAAUGGGCGAAUGCGUUUCCGAUUCGUCAGACAAACGGGAGCUAAAUAAAACAAAUAAUAAUAAGAAGAGUCUAGAAGUUCUAGUUAACGAAGUUACGAUUAUUUGUUUAGUCCUUUUACCCGCUGCAGUGAUUGGCUUGAUGGCCCUUAUGGGGGCCCGCAAGUAUUUUAAAGACAAGAAAGCGCCAGAGGGUGAGGCCUACUAUAAUAACGACGCUCUGAAAGCGCACCUUCGGGAAUUGUGCCAGCCCGAAGGGCCUAUUGAUCUUUCUUUCUCUGACAUUUCUUGCUUUGUAGAAAGUAGAAACACACGCGCCACCUGCCCAAUUUUAAACGCUAUUACUGGGACAGCCAGCGCAGGAGAACUCUUUGCGCUAAUUGGCCCCUCUGGUGCAGGAAAGAGCACUUUAUUAACCAUUCUGGGAAAGCGUUACAAAAGAGGUCGAAUCAGCGGUCAUAUUUUCCUAGACGGAAAAAUUCGCACUAAGCAUUACAAGAGGCUCAUUGGGUUUGUGGCGCAGGAAGACUGUCUUUUGAGCACACUUUCUGUGCGCGAGAAUUUGCUCUUCUCUGCUCUUCUCAGGCUUCCGGACACCAUGCCCUUUCAGCUUAAAAAGAAUAUAGUAGAAGGCGUGCUAGAGGAUCUGGAAUUGACCGGACUUGCCGACCAGCCUGUCGGUAGCACAGUUGGAGGUGGCCUUUCUGGGGGCGAGAGGCGUAGAGUAAGCAUCGCUAUGGAGCUGGUAACAUGGCCCAGCGUACUACUCUUAGACGAGCCCACAAGUGGUUUAGACACUUUCAACGCUCAGUUGGUCGUCCGUUGCCUUUGGCGCCUUGCACGUACGAAUAAGACCACGAUUGUCAUGUCGGUCCAUCAGCCAAGUUCCGUCAUCUUUCAACUUCUAGAUAAGAUACUCCUUUUGGCGAAAGGCGAGAUGGUGUUUUUGGGGACACCGGCAGAGUCACUGUCUCACUUUAGCAGCAUCGGCUUUCUCGUUCCUGACAACUACAAUCCAGCAGAUUUUCUAAUUGAUGUCAUUGUGCACGCGCAACGGUUGUCAGAGACAACUCUGCCCCCUCUUCAGGCUCAGCCUUCUCGGUGCUCCACGCCCGGCCCUGCGGACCACACGCAUAAAUCUCGCCUUGACCUUCCCUUUAAGGGGGAUCUAACCCAGCGGGAUUUGGACCUUUCCUCUUUAGUUGACCAUUACCGUGCUUCGGAGGCCUUCAUUCGACACUGCCCACGUGGGAUGGGAAACGACAGAGUAACUGUGUCCGCCACUCCACGUAAAGGAGCCUCCUUUACCACGCAGUUGGUGGUGGUGUCCGCGCGGGCCCUGCGCCACCUCCUUAGGGACCCUUUUCUCUUUUGGGGGCACCUUGCGGCCUCCGUUGUUAUUGGAGUUGUAUUGGGAGUUCUGUAUGGAGGACUCAACAGUACCGGGAAGAGUCAAGGUCUUAUUGCUCAGUUCGAACAGCUUUUGGGGCUUCUUCUGCUCAUGUGCGCUUUCCUCUCUUUUGGAAGCCUCUCUUCUAUAGAGACUUUUCACAGGGACAAACUGCUUUACUGCCACGAGCGUUCUAAUCGCUUUUAUACCCCCGCCGCCUAUUUCUUAGCCAAAAUUGCUAUCGAUUUCCUUUCUUUGCGCAUUCUAUCGCCGGUUCUUAUGGGCUUAAUAGCACACUUUAUGAUUGGUCUGCGCUCUGGGCAGUUAUAUCUCCUUCGCUUCCUUGUGACACUGGUGCUUGUGAACUUCGCCGCCUCGAGUUUUUGUAUGCUUUUCGGGUCCCUUUCCAGUCGAACGUCCACCGCUAAUCUUGCCGGGAGUUUGUUUAUGCUUGCUUCGUUGCUCCUUACGAACCUCUUUAACAAUCCCAAGUCAAUGACUCCUUAUGUUGCGUGGCUACACUACUGCUCUUUUUUCAACUACGGCUACGAGGCCAUCGUGGUGAACGAGCUCGAGGGCACUUUUUUAACGGGAAAAGUCCUCGGCGCAGACGGCGUUUCUGUUUCUGGUUCCUCCAUUUUGAAGGACCUGGGAUUCGAAGCCAAAAAUCUGUUAAUGGACCUGUAUAUACUCGUGAUAAUCAUAUUCGUAGUCCAGCUGCUUACGUUUCUCUCUUUAAAGUUUUUAGCGCACCGCUUCGUUUAA